GAUUUUUCACGAUUUCACUCUUCUGCCGCGCUAGUAGACUAGCUAGUGGGACGAUGAUGAUGGAGGUAGAAACAGAGGAAAAGGACACUAGGGCGAGCCCACCUUUAGAUGAUAAUGAAGCCAAAGAGAAGAAGAUACCUUCUCCGUGGCAAUCGCCGUUCAAGGAUCCGGCUAACUCAUCCAAUGACAUGGUCCUCUUGACUCCGACGGCAAGCAACUGUGAGCCACUGGCAUUGGCGUUGCAUCAAGUCGCGUCCACCAUGUCACGCAAUCACAACCGAGGGAGGCCGCUUUGGAGUUCUGCUAGCCAUAAUGGCCACGUGGGCGGCAGACUGGACCACAAGGUGGUGGCGACAUUGGAACGAACGUUGGAGCGACAAAAAUCCAAAUCAUCCAGUCGACGAGCCAAACCACAUUUGGUACAUGUCGUCACAGUAGGCACAACCAUGAUUCAACAACCACAGACUCGAUCAAUUGUGGCCCAGGCAGAUCACAUUGCCGUGGUGCUUUCGUCGGAAGAUGUACUCACCUGGUUGGCCCAAGAAUCUGCCAAGACGAACAAUCCACGCAAUUUCAAACCACCUCCCGUGGACCACCAUCCGUUGGUAGAAGAAUGCCUGCAACACUACUUGUCCAAUCCAAGCGAUGCCAUUUUGUUGCAACGAAUUUCCAUUGUCCUUCUCAUUCGUCCCACAGAAGACUCGGAAAUGAUGGAGUCUCUGGUAUCGACUUGGAAAGCACACACAAAAAAUACCGUGUCGAUUGAUAGCUUUGUCUGCCGACCGGAGGAACCCUCCAGUUGUCACAUGGUAGCCAAGAUGCUUUGGACCCGACUCCACCAAAGUCGAUCUCCCGACGAAACACAACUCAGUCAGUUGUUACGUUCGGCAUAUCCGUAGCAGGGAACUGACUAAUCUACGAUGCGUGGGGAAAAUGGAAAAAAGGAUACCUUUUGGGCAAGGGGGAGUUUGUUUUGACUGGGAUAGAAAUUUUUAGAAAUAUAAAAUACCUACGACUGUAGCUGCAUGGUAGUUGGUUUCUGAAAUUAGAAAACGAGCAGUAGGAUGAAUUACCGUAUG